CUGACUGCCACGUUGCUCCUCACUAGGGUGAAACUCAGGGUCAUCCCUCUGCACAUUUCUGUGGCUGCUCCGCAGCCCUGCAGUUGCAUGUCCAAUUCGGCCUGCAUUUGUCAGCAUGGGAAGGGCACCAGAUGAGUCCUUGAGCCCUUGCUGUCUCUCCUGCAGUGAUGUUACCCAUUCCCUGCAUGCUGUGCCACACAGGGUCACUGCAGGGCUCAAGGUUCAUUUCCCACUGUGAUGGGCUUACUUUCCUCUUGCUCACCUGCUCUUUUUCCAGGUGUUGAGCCCCAGCUUGGAGCAUGAACAGGUGACUAACCCUUAUAUGUCCAACCUCCUGUUAUUGCAUUUAUUCACUUUUUUGUCACUCUGGUUCCUGAAGUCCCCUAUUCCUCCUCCUCCUCCUGCCUCUGAUGAACAGGUCAGUGUGAGCAGCAUGCAGGCAGGUCCUGGACAGAGCCUUCCCCUCUCACCCCACCCAAUGUGGUACCCGUGCCCUGACCAACCAGCCGCCCGAGUGCUGUGGCAGCUCAUGCAGCCUGAAUUUCCAGUGAGCACAGAUCCACGUGCAGGCUGUGUGGCACUGCAGCAGGGACAGUGGCAGGAGGCACUUCCUGGGGAGUGGCACCACGGGCUCCCCCAGCGUUCACCCCCCAGGACCCUCUCCCAGCAGCUCUGGGACAGGCGGGCUGGGCUGCUCCUUCAUCAAAAUGUUCUUGGCUCAGCCUGGAGCUGGAGGAAGAGCAACAGUCUGAGAUUUCCAGACCACUGGAUGAUACAGUCCUUGUGUUCCUCUCCAAUAUGUGCAGAAUUAGUAAUUUAAGAAACUCCAAAGUGUGCAGAAUAAGUAGUUAAAGAAUACGUUGAUCUGUGCAAGUACUUGAGAGUGUGCCUGGCACAUCCUGGAUGGAGUGACAAGUUAGGAUGUCACUGUGCCAGGCAAGGAAGAACUCAUCUUCUGACUGAACAUUUCCCUCUCAAAGAUUUUUUUUUUUUUUUUUGGCAUUGAAAAACUAGCAAGUGAAAGAGAAAUAAUCAGAACUUAAUUUUGCUUCUGCUUAGCAAACCCUGGUAUUGCUCCCAGUGCACAGGGAGACAAUACCCUCAGAACAGGAUAGUCAUCAGCUGGAGAAUCUGAAAGUUAUGAAUGGGACAGAACUGACAAUGGAGUAAUUCCAGCAGGCAGAAGGGCACAAUUUUAACAGUGCUUUUACAGUUUCCUGUGGUAAGCAGCUAUAAGAAACAAACUCCCACCAGAAGCAGUGAAUUCUCCAGCACUUAAUGUUAUAAAUGCAUGACUGAUGCACAGAUAUAAGCAUAGGACAGGGAAAUUAAAAUCAGAUUAAUGGGUCUAAAGCAGGGGAACCAACCUGAAAUCAAAUCAGAUUGGUUAAUCUCCUGAACAGACAUGACAACUGACUUCUGUUGCUAAAAGUACUUUUAUAAAGAGGAAGGGGAUGCUCCAUUUUUUUCUUACUUUCUUCUUUUUUUGGUCUUUACUCACUGCAUUUGCCCACUGAAGCACCUUGGCCCCACCCAUGGAGUCCACGGCAGGGGCAGGGUGGGCAGCAGCAGCCCUGUCUGGAUGUGCCCAGCGCACGCCACCCCCAUCAGCCCUGGCUGAAGUUCUCAACCAGAAAUGCUUCCUCAGGCCUCCUCCCUCUCUUGGACAUGGUGAUCACAGCACCAUGUGACAGUGAGCAUACCCCUUGAGUCAGGGUGAAAAUUGAAAUAGGAUGAUGGGAAAAAGGUAGGGAGUUCUAGGCCAGGAGAUCCCUGCUGGCUUAAAUUUUCAUAUGGCUCCACAAACCCCAUGUGAUGAGUUGCUCUUUGUUAGAACCUGUACUUUUGGAAGUGGAACCCCUGCUUUGUGAGAGCUGGUUAUUACAGAGCAGGAAACAGUAUAAAGAAAAAAAAAAUUAACUGGUGCAGGGUGAUGCCAUAUCCCCAGCCCAGGGCUGGGGAAGAGCAAGCUCAGUGACAGCAUCUAGGGAAUGCUGUGACCUCACCAGGGGCAGGAAAACAUUUACUCAGAAUAAAUACAUCCAGGAGGGGGAGAGACACAUGCCUGGAAUAGUCAUCAGGACAAGGGGUUGGGUAGGCAAAUACUCCAAGAGGUGUGGGUGGAUGCCCCCUGCUCUUGGGUUUUUCUGUGUGCUUCUUUUGCAGUCAGGUACCCAACACAGGACAGCAUCUCUCUGGUCUCCAAAAUCCCAGCGUCUGUGAAAUCUGAACUUGGGAAACUUUCAACCACCAGGGAGAUGGGAUCAGAGCCGUACCAUUAGGGACCCCCUUGCCUCAGGGGGGGCUGUGCUCCAGUCCCCUGGCUCACAGUCCCCCUUCCUCCUCAGGGCUCACUUCUGCCCAAUGCCUGACGCAGCCUGCCCCAUGGCAGGUACGAACCAGACACAGGUGACGGAGUUUGUGCUCCUGAGCUUUUCCCACGGCCGGCCCUUCCUCUUUGCUCUUUUCCUGGCCAUUUACCUGGCCACGCUGCUGGGCAACUCUGCAAUACUCUCCCUCGUGUCCCUGGAUCCCCACCUCCACAGACCCAUGUACUUCUUCCUUAGUCACCUGUCCUGCCUGGACCUUUGCUACUCAUCAGUGACGGUGCCCAAGAUCCUGGCGAACGCUCUGCGCCCGCAGGCCACCAUCUCCUACGGGGGCUGCCUGGCGCAGACCUUCCUGCUGAUGUGGUGUGCGGGGGCCGAGUGCGCGCUGCUGGCCGUCAUGGCCUUCGACCGCUUUGCCGCCGUGUGCCAGCCCCUGCGCUACGGCCAGGCCCUGCGCCGCAGCACCUGUGCCACCGCUGCCGCCGGCUGCUGGCUCUGGGGGCUGCUGGACUCGGCCCUGCACACGCUCCUGGCGGCCCGGCUCUCCUUCUGCGGGGCUGCCCAGCUCCAGCACAUCUUCUGCGACGUGCCGCCGCUGCUGGGGGCCACCUGCAGCGACACCCGCCCCAACGAGCUGGCCCUCCACGUCUCCAGCAUCUUUGUGGGACUCAGUCCCUUUCUGCUCGUCGUAAUCUCCUACCUUUGCAUCCUGGCCACUGUCCUUGGGAUGCCACUGGCCACCAGCCGGCGCAAGGCCUUCUCCACCUGCUCCGCACACCUGAUUGUGGUCACCCUGUACUUCGUGGCAGCCAACCUGAACUACAACCGGCCCAGCUCGGGCUACUCCCCGGCAGCUGACACGCUGGUCUCUGUGCUGUACUGCAUCAUCAUCCCCAUGCUCAACCCCCUCGUCUACAGCCUCCGCAACCAGGAGGUGUGGGGGGCCCUGCGGAAGGCCGUGCGGGUGAGUGCCACACCAGGCUCCCCAGGCACCCACGCCUGAGCAGUGCCAGGGCUGCCACAGGCUGCCAACACGGUGCUGCCACUGCAAC